AUGUUUUUGCGAGCUGCCCGUGCAGGCAAUUUAGAAAAUGUCCUCGAUUUUCUCCGUACAGGUGUAGAUAUAAAUACUUGCAAUUCUAAUGGAUUAAAUGCUUUGCAUUUGGCAUCGAAAGAAGGGCAUAAUGAAGUUGUUAGAGAAUUAUUGAGAAGAGGAGCCGUUGUUGAUGCGAGUACUAGAAAGGGAAAUACUGCUUUACAUAUAGCUUCUUUAGCCGGUCAAGAUAUAAUUGUAACAAUUUUGGUUGAACACGGUGCUAAUGUAAAUGCCCAAUCAUUAAAUGGAUUUACUCCUCUAUAUAUGUCUGCACAAGAAAACCAUGAAGUUGUUGUUCGUUAUUUGCUUGCACAUGGUGCUAAUCAAGCACUUGCUACAGAAGAUGGUUUUACUCCUUUGGCUGUUGCUCUUCAGCAAGGACAUGAUCGAAUUGUUGCUCUUCUAUUGGAAAAUGACAAUACAAGUAAAGUAAAACUUCCAGCAUUACACAUUGCUGCUAAAAAAGAUGGUUUGAUACUCGAGCAGCUUCCUUACUUUUACAAAAUGAACAAAAUCCAAAUGUAA